CUCCCCCGCGCCACCUGCCUUCGAAACACAGCACAACGGCAUGGAGCAGAAUCGUGCGCUAGUGAUUCUGAUCCUCCUGAUCAUCUUCUUCUUCCCGGACGGGCAAGGGCCUGACCGAAGCAAGGAGGCGAUCAACGAGAUAGCUCACGAACGAUACAGCCUCGAUGUGCUACGAAACUCGACCUUCGGACAUCCCGGGAACCUGACGGGUCUGUUGACGGAUGCGCCCACGCCGCCGGGGCAAGUGCGCGAGAAAUGGAGGGGGAUACGGGCGAAACUGUUGAAGAGCUUUGCGGAGCCGCUGCUGGCAAAGCGGGGGGCGGAGGUGGAGGAGGUGCUACGGCCCCGAAAGUCGGGCGCAACGGUCUACAGGAAUGCUACGGGGAGUGUGUUGGGCCGCUGGAAGAAGCAGGAGUUUCCGGAUCUGCCAACGACGGCACAAUCGAAUGUUACGUACCCGAGUAACUUGACGGCGCUCGACGCGGGGAAGUUGAUGCUUAGCAUCGAGGAUACUACUGAGGCUGCCAAGGAGAGCGGGCUGGUGGAGGUCAAGAUGGCGCUCAGGAUCAGGGAUGAGGAUGGUGGGAGUGUGGUCGAUGUGAUGCUUAACGGCGUGCAUUUUUCGGAAACGGGAGAGAUGGUCGCGGCGACGACUUCGGAACGAUUCGCCGGAAUAUUCGCCUUGCCGCAUUUCAUGCUCCACGAGAAGGAGUACAACCAGUCGAAGGCCCUCCUACUACCGUCGAUCGAGAAGGUGGUUGAGAAGAUGGAGGCGACACGGUAUAUGGAUGCACCGUGGCUGACCGGAAUCGACGGCAUGCCCUUGUCCGAGGAGCCGCAGUGCGAGUACAUUGCGUACAUCCAGCUUCACCCCGUUGAUCCGCUGUUCGAACACAGGCCGGGAAUGCAUACGGAUACGAAGAUUAUUAUGCAGGAGAUUGAACGGGAGAUGCGGUUUCCGACGGGGUCUUCACUACCGCCUCCUCCGCCGCUCGAAGCAACGGUCAUGGUGUAUUCGCCGAAUUGUGGAGUUGUCCUCGUUGCCGACGAGCUGGAGGGACAGAAGGUGGAGCCGUUUUACAGUCAGGCCUCGCAUCUGGGACUGGGAGCGGCAGCAGUUGCGGCAUUACAGAUAUGGAUCCUAAUACGCCAGAUGAACGAUUCCAAUACUCUCAGCACUAUCAGUAGAGUCAGCUUCUGGACGAUUACCAUGAUGGCUGUGGUCGAUGGAUACUUCUUCUUCACUUUCAUGAUAGUCGCCAUCUUCCUACGCGCCUGUUUCCUGCCCAUGGUCGCGGCAUCUUUCUGUUACCUGAUGCUCUCGGCGGUGUUUGGAAUGCGGUUCCUGGUCUCCACAUAUAAAGUCCAACGCCAAUCGGCUCCGCUGGCUCCCGCCGCUCCUCCUCCGCCUCCACCGGCUACUGCUCCUUCAGAUGGUCUCCCCCUCCCAGCCACAGCCGUCCCACAGACCCCCGUUAUCAUACCCCCCACAGCAACCGCCACCGCCGUGACCGACGACGAAGUCAACGCUGAAAUCAGUGCCCUACACACACGCUUCUACUUCGCGCUGAUCGCAAUCCUCUUCUUCUCCCUCCAUGCCGCAACUUGGCCCCCAUUCUACCGCGACAUCUUGGUGCAUCUCGUCCUGCUAAUCAUAAACUCCUACUGGAUCCCACAAAUCUACCGCAACAUCAUGCGCGGCUGCCGCAAGGCCUUGCGCUGGGAAUUUGUUCUGGGCACGUCCAUCUGCCGCCUCGCAGGCGUAGGCUAUAUCUACCUCUACCCGGGCAACAUCUUCCACUCGGCGACCAACCCCAUGGCCGUGUUCAUCAUUGCCAGCUGGGUAGGGCUGCAAAUCAUCGCGCUGCUGGUGCAGGACAUCUUCGGACCGCGCUUCCUGAUCCCGUCCCACUCGCUGCCACAGGUGUACGACUACCACUGCCCGCUCCCGGCGACCGACGAGGAGGCGGCGCAGGAAAUGGGCACGCCGACGGACGACGGCAGGAUGCGCAGCUUCGAUUGCGUUGUGUGUAUGCAGACCGUCGACGUGCCGGUUGCGGGCGCUGCCGAUGGCAGAGAUGGACUGCUCGGUAGGAGGGGCUAUAUGGUCACGCCGUGCAGACAUGUCUUCCACUCCCAUUGCCUCGAGGGCUGGAUGCGAUUUAGGCUGCAGUGUCCGAUUUGCAGGACUCCGUUACCGGCUUUGUAGAUGUAGAUAUAGAUGUAGGUGUAGGUGUAGGAUAUGAUAGACGUGCGAUGCAGUUUUACUUGGUUUAGGCUUUGGGGGUAUUUUUUUGUUAGGUAUUUUGAUAGGUACGGCGUUUUUCCAUUCUCCACUUUUUAGAGAGAACUUGUUUGGGGCUGUAUGAUAUGAUAUAGUUACCUGUAUUUGGCACCCACUGAGAAUUCGGUUGGAGAUAUCACUAGCGCGAGUGUGAGUCGCCGAUGAGUGAUCCUGCGUGAG